UUGUGAAGUUAAUUUAAUUCGAUAAAAAAAAAAUGUCAGGCAUAUUUAAUCUUCUCAGUUUCAAUUAUCUCUUCUUCACAUCUAUUUCUUCAGUUGAGAUUAAUUUUAUUAAAGAUUAUUUCAAUGGACCUGCAGUAAUUGGUACAAAUUUUGUUUAUCCAGGCACAAAAUGGUGCGGAAAAGGAAAUGUGGCUUUCCACUACAAUGACCUUGGGAAAUACGCAAAAACGGACGCAUGCUGUCGAGAUCAUGAUCAUUGUAAUGAUGUUAUUCAUUCUACCGAGACAAAAUACAAUCUCACCAAUUUGGCGCCUUUUACAAGAGUGCAUUGCUCCUGUGAAGAGAAAUUUUACAAUUGUCUUCAACAAUCAAGGGAUAAAGUUGGUAGCAAAAUGGGAAUUCUUUACUUCAACAUUCUGGAUACUAAGUGCUUCCGCAAAGAUCAUCCGAUACGAGGUUGUAAACGAUACUCAAGAUAUCGAGGGAGAUGUGUCGUGUACGAUUUGGAUGAAGGCAGAUCAAUGAUACAUCAGUGGUUCGACGUGCUUCCCUUUAGAAAAUAAAUUGUCAUCUAUAUCAAGAUUCAAAUACACUUGCAAGUUGCAACCAAUCUUUCGAGAAAUCACUCGAUUACAACUAUCAAGAAUCUUUUCUCGCAACUCUAGCAGUGAAGAGAUUUUCAACGUUUGGAGGAGAAAUUCAGUUUCUUCACAAAUAUACAUAAAUGUCAGUUUUUGAUAAAAAUGCAACCAUUUUUCAAGGUUUGGAAAAAUUUUCGAAAAAAAAAUUUUUCGACGAUGGAAUAAUAUUCGAAAGUGUUGAAAGAUGAAAUAAUUUUUAAAAAAUGUUGGUCAAGGAAUAAUUACCAAAAAUAUUCAACGAUGAAAUAAUUUUCAAAAAUGAGACAAGGAAUAAUUAUGUAGCAAAAAUAUUCAAAGCUGAAAUAAUUUUAAUAAAUGAGACAAGGAAUAAUUAUGUACUAAAAAUAUUCAACGAUAAAAUAAUUUUCAAAAAUGAGACAAGGAAUAAUUAUGUAGCAAAAAUAUUCAACGAUGAAAUAAUUUUCAAAAAUGAGACAAAGAAUAAUUACCAAAAAUAUUCAACGCUGAAAUAAUUAUAAUAAAUGAGAGAAGGAAUAAUUAUAUACCAAUAAUAUUCAACGCUGAAAUAAUUUUCAAAAAUGAGACAAGGAAUAAUUACCAAAAAUAUUCAACGCUGAAAUAAUUUUCAAAAAUAUUAGACAACGAAUAAUUUUCAAAAAUAUUCAUCACUGGAAUAAUUUUCAAAAAAUAUUCAACUCUGAAAUAAUUCAGGAAAAUUCAACAAGAAAUAAAUUUAAAAAAUGUUCAACGCUGGAAUAAUUCAGAAAACUUUAACAAGAAAUAAAUUGCAAAAAUGUUCAAUGAAAAACAACUUUUAAAAAUGUUAACCAAGAAGCAAUUUUUAGAAUAAGUUCCAAAAAUAUUCAUCACUGGAUUAAUUGUCAAAAAUAUUCAACGAUUCAAGUGAUUGACAUUAAUUAAUCAUGGAAAAACUACCAAGUAAUAAAUCUACCAGAAAUCGUCUAAAUCUCAGCAAAAAUGACAAAACUGGACCAUAUGAAAUCGCCAGUGACUGAAACUACAUAAACCAAAAAUCAAAAGGCAGUGAAUAAAAUUAUCCCAAAAUUAAAAUUGAUAAAUUGGAGUUGAAAGAAACUGUAAAUAAUUGAGUGAAACUAUGACAAAAAAAUACCAAAAACAAAUCGCCAA